AUUUUCCACGACUGAUGCCACACAUGGAACGCUGAAGAAGUGAGCCAGUCAGCCAAUCAGGGAACCACAUAAACUGAAUGGGAAUUCUGGAAUGAUGGUUGAAGGUGUUGACAGAAGGAUCGAUGCCAGGAGGGAAGAGAGGCUGGGAGAAAAGAAGCUGACAGAGGCACCACCACAUUAUCCGCAGUCUUCCUUUGGAGAGGACGGGUGGUUAUUCUUGAAAGGGCUGGAUUAAGUGUAAGAGAGUUCCAGAUCCAACAUGGCUUCCAGAGCCAACGUGGCUUCCAGAUCCAAUGUGGCUUCUAGAUCCAAUGUGGCUUCCAGAUCCAAUGUGGCUUCCAGAUCCAAUGUGGCUUCCAGAUCCAAUGUCAGACGAGCACAGCAAAAUACAGGGAUAUUUGCUAAUUUAUGGCAUGACCUGACCAGCUCUGGUUUAUAUCUUGCAAGUCUGUUGUGCCUGCUCCUGUUUUUGGCCACAGUUGUGAUGACCGCUUUGUAUCUUUCGGAACUUAACAGAUCAACAUCCAUGAAUGCAGCAAUUAAGGCUAUUAAGAACUUUAUUAUUAGCCGGGAUCCAUCUCUCAAAAAUGGAAGUGAAUAUGAAAUAUUUUCUGGUGCUCAGAGGUUAGCAGAAGAAUUGACAAAAUGGACGAUAAAAAUCAUUGAACUGGAAGGUGCAAUUGACGUCAUUACUAUUCUGCUAAAAAAACACUGGGUGCCCUUUGAAGGGGCCAUCUACUUGUUCAGCACUGUUACCAGCAACUGGACCACAGCCAAAAAAAUUUGUGAGGCUAAAAAGUCCACCUUGGUUUGUAUUGAAAGUUACAAUGAGCAAGCAUUCCUAAUAAGAGAAAUCUCAAACCAUCCUUCUGACUAUUGGAUCGGGUAUUACGAAAAUGGAACCACCUGGGUAUGGGUUAAUGAAAAUCCACCAAAAGUUUUCUUUUGGUCUCCGACCACCAUAACUAAUCACAGUACACACGAAUGUACCAUCAUGUUAUCCAGUUGUUUGGUACCACCAAAAUGUUGGACAAAUAUUGAAUGCUCGGUACAUAAACCCUUCAUUUGUGAGAGGAAGCCAGAUAAAAAGUGGCAUAUAUAAAAUGCAGCCCCUUUCAGCAAGCUGUAACUGAAUUGGUACAACAGGCUUAAGCCCUUUGAUAUCCAACAGAAUUACGGAAAUGCAUGAUUGGAAAAGUUCAGCUUUGUGCUUCCAUGUCCAAGACCGGUCUCCAAUGGGCCUCUCUGAGCUAAAGAAAAUGACUUUCUUGUCCAACGCAUAGACAUUACGUGUCUACCAAAAUGAAAGAUGGAAUGGCUUGGUCGUAUCCUCCUUUCCACUAGAAAUAAAUUAAUUUUGUACGUUG